UCGAUCAUUAAAUCGCUUCCAUCGUCCCGCAGCGGAAAUUUCAUAGCGAAAAAGCCUGACUUACAACGAAACACGAUAUUGGCAGCCUUGAUAUAAAUAUUGUGGAUUAAAAAAAAAACUAUAUUUACUAAUUAUUUGUUUGUGUGUUGUUAAAAUGGGAACAACUUUUCGAAAUGUUGCGUCAACAGUGUGUCUGAUUUGUGUUUUGUUUGUUAUAUUUACGAUCGGUCAAGAUGACGCUGAAAAAUUUAAUUCUGGAGUUCAGAAGAGUAAAAUUCAUAAAACUGGCAGACGACCUGACGGAAGCGCGUGCAAGUGCCCAGCGUGCAUGACUGGGAAAGACUGCUCUGAGUCAGUGGUAAACAGAGAACCAAGAUUCAACAAUAAGUUCACGUUCGUUGAAGUAAAUGCUGAACAUCAUAGGUAUGGCGUUCCUUUGUCAUAUAACUACACAACGUACCCAGGAGACGAACAGUGUCCGUGUGAUGCAUUUGAAUACACGAUUACAGAUGUGGAAAAUGUCAUGGAACCAAGCGAUCCGAACCGUUACAACCUUUUUGACAUAGACAACAAGAAUGGCAAAAUUCGUCUAGCAAAUGACCGGGUUUCCGACAUCUCUUCAUCUGACCUAUAUCGCUUGACAAUACUGGUCAGAAAUGUGAAGAGGAACUUUUCAGACCAUACAAUGAUUACAGUUGCUCGUGAGAAACCGAAGCAUGAUAGCCUGUACUCAUUCGGAGCAGACGACAGCAAUGGGAACGGUUAUGUUUUUGAACAUAGCAUACAUAAGAGGUCGGUUGUUCCUGAUGAGAUGAAUUUCACACUUACACAGUUGAAUUCAGUCGCUGAAGCACGAACAGGGGCAACUUUCAAAUUCCAACUUGACAUUCUUUUCCCGGGCUCAAGUAUUGAUAUUUCUGUCGAGUUAUUUACGCCUGACAAUGAAACUACAGUUAUGAUUCUCUGUGACGUCACUGUCGCUUCAAUAGGCUCAAACCUUGGAACGACUUUGCCUGGUGACGUUGUAUUUGAAUCAAAAGCCGGCUGGCCUGCGCACAUGCCUGAUAUGGCGACCAUAUCGUUCGGGACCGUCACGAACAAUGAAUCUGAUACAGUCAAUAUAGCCGCUAGCACUAUCACAAUCCUUUAUUCAGCGGUGAUGAUCGAAAACUCAUUAACAGAAAGCACAAAAUACUGGAUUAGCGCAGGAGCCGAAUACCAGAAUGAAAUGUAUAUAUGGGUGGGACAGGCUUCGUUUGAUGCUAUUGUUGACGGUAAUCAGGAUGUUGACUUGGUUCCAGACUUUACUGAUACUAUGCCGUCCAAUAUUGCACUCGGCAGUUCACACUUGAUAUCUGUUGAGAUGUUUUUACCAUAUCCAUACAGAGAUUACACUUUCAAGGUGUUUACUCCUGCGGACACUGUCGGUGUGAUGUCAGUAUGUGGAAUAUGGUUUAAUGAAUUAGGGCAAAACUUCGGAUGCGGAAAUGACGUCAGUCAGUUUACGAAUGAAACCGUGGCUGACCCUCAGGCUGCCGGAAAUGCCGUUGCUGUUCUCAAGCUUGGAGAGUUAUUGAACAAAGCCUCAAGAGAUGCCGUUGGAGAUAUCGUAGUAGCGGACAAUAAAGUUGCCUUGACCUUCAUAGCACAUAUGUAUCCGGAUGUAACAAAGGUCUCCCAACUUAUGUCUCUUGGUUUAGCCCUGGAAGUAGAUACUGAUACAAUGUGGAUUGGUAGCUCUAACUUUACAGUUGAUCCUGAAGUAACGACGGGAUUGACUGACCCCGUGUUUAUGUCUGUUACUUCGAGUCUAAGUCCUACCCUGGAUGAUGCGGUGGUCGGCCAGCCCUUUUCACUUACCUAUGAAAUCCAAGUACCCCCUCCCACUACAGACGGUGUUGCCUCCCAUUACGUUCUGGAAAUUCUUGCACCAUUCGAUGGUACACCGAUAUUUUCUGUCUGCUCAUUCAAAGUGACAUCCGUCGGACAAGAUUUGCCAUGCCUAAGAACAGAAGAUUUAGUCACUGAAUACAGCUCUCGGGUUACUGGCAGCACCCCUUCGGAAUCAGACAGAGCUAUCAUUGAUCUUGGUCAUGUGACAAAUCUAGAAUUAUUUGGAGAUGCCGGAGAUGAUAUAAUAACUUUAGAAGCAAUUCUAAUGCCUUUAGCAUCACACAGCAGUGCUGUUGCAAACUCUGAGCAUAACGUCAGUCUAGGUGUAACUGUUGGAGCCAGCAGUGUGCACUUAGUUGAUUCAGCAGUUUCGAUCUCCGGUGUAGCUACGGUCACCCCAGUAACGAACAGCACAGCGCCCGCUUUUACCAUGUCGUUUUAUGAUACCACGGAUACAGUGCCAGUGACAGGUUCAACAAAGGUCAUCGUUGACAUGGUAACAUCGCGGAACGUCACUUACGAUGAAAUGGAUAUGGAAUUCUUGAUGCCAGUUGGAACGGAAUACAGCUAUUUUCACGUAUGUCGCGUGGAUAUAGCUUUUAAUGGCAAGAAUAUGCCAUGCAUGACUCCAGAAUGGUAUGCGAAAAUGAUACAGUACUCAUCCCAAUUUGAUAAUUACGAGGCGGACCGUGCCAGGUUAAAUAUAGGCAGCAUGUGUAACCUUGAAUUUGUGGAUAACACAGAUGAAGAUAAAACUACGUUCGAAGUAUAUCUAAAAGUAUUAGAUCGUGCUGACCUUGUUGACAUGACGUCUAAGUGGAUAUCAACUGGAUUACAAUACUCGUCAACAAAUCUCUGGGUAGGACAACUGAGGCUUGAUGCGACCAGAGGAACCUCCGUUUCUCCGACCAAAUCUUCAUACACAAUUCUCACUAGAAACACAACAGUUUCACCUAUACCAAUAGGACUGACGGUGUCAUACAGUUUAUUACUGAAAAUAGGGAAAGGUGACACAGCACAUAUACAGGUGAAGGCCACAGCCCAGCUGGAAGGUGCACAUAUAUGUACUGUCCGUGUUGUCAGUGCCGGCUCUAAUCUACCCUGUGUCGUAGAUGAAGUUACCACCAGAACUUAUACAAACUGGCCAAGUGAAAGCGGGCGACAAAUAGUGGAAUUAGAUGCUGGUUUUGUAACCAACUAUGGAUCUGACAGCGAAAAUAUGACGGCUAACAACUACUACGAUGCCGACACGAUGGUUGUUGAGGUACUCGUUCGAGCAAACCCAGUGCAACCGGCCGGUACAUACCCUGUCGAUAUAGAAGUGUAUUAUGAUACAGAUCGUCUGGUAAAGUCGACAUUCACGCAGAGUGACUUUAUUACCACUGAAGAUUUGUCAGGCGUUGCUACGACGGUUACAGAUCCCGUAAACGUAACGGUGAUCGUCGGUGAGAUCACUGGAAGCUCUGACAACACAACCAGUGUCACUCUUGGAGAAGCUAAACGUGUACUGAUUUUUGCCGUUAUACCUGAAGGAUCAUCCUACGAUCUUGAAUUCUCGUUUAUAAUCCCAUCUGCUGAUGUAGGAAAGGUUGAAAUCUGCGACGCGGCGAUUGUUUCUGUUGGUGAUAAUCUUCCUUGUAUAGAUGUCCUCUCCGAAGCUGUUAUUUCAUCAUCUGGUGACUCUGCAAUAUUCAAUCUGGGAUUCGUGUGCAGCCGUGUGUUGAGGCCUGGAGACCAGAAAGCUAACACGGUUGUGUUUGAAGCCUACGUACGUGUGUUGGACAACGGUAAUGCCGCGGUAGGCGACACUGUCACAGUUACAGCGUCAAUGAGAUCGUUCAGUAGUACAGUGGAAAUUGACUCGGUGGUAUUUACUGUAGAAGAUCCUAGUUCGUUUGUUGACAGAGUUCAUAGUCUUGAUGGUGUCACUAAUGACACGCUGAUCUCUCUAAACUGGACAAGUCCAAUAUCAAUGAAUAUUGCCGAGAACGUCACAGUGACAGCGACGGUCAGUGUGCCUAAACUCUCCGUCUCCAGAUUCCUAUUUGACGUGGACCUUCCAGUUGAAGACUCAGCUUGUCUGACAGUCACCGACAUUCGCGUAGUUGGUUCUGUUGGAAGAAAUGUGUUGUGUGUCCCACCAGAUGUUAACACCAAAGGCAUUGUGUACUCACCGGUAUAUAAUGCUUCAGUUGGAAACAGUCAAAUAAACUAUGCCUACAUAGAUAUUGGCAUAGUUACCAAUACAGGUCUUACCUAUCGCAGGAACACAUUUACUGCAGGUGACGAUGAUGUUUUAAUAGAGUUUGACAUUCAGAUGGCGGAUUGUGCAAGCAGUGAUAACGGAAAAGUUCAUAAGCUCAGUAUUGGAAACAAAGUUGCCAACUACAUUUUUAUUUAUGACUUUGAUGUCCAAGUUGUCAGAGAUAGUAACGAGAAACCAGACAUUGCUUUCGAAAUGAUAACUGGGGCUGGCUCAACCAGCUCCGUAAUACACGUUGAAGGAAUUGCUUAUCACACUGAAAAUUCCACGGCAGAAGGAAAGAACACCAGUUUGUUUGUCUCACUUCCGGCUUAUCAGCAGCUGACUUCCGGUGCACUUGUUGUCACUAGCAACCAGUCUUGUAGCAGUAUUCAUCAUACAGAUACCUUUGUGCAAAUUGACUGCGACGAUUUCUUCUUUACCGAUGUUCUGACAUUUACAGCAGAAAUCGCAAUAAAUAGCUCCGUAAUUUUGCCAGUUGGUUUCAGUGGAUGGGAUUCUGUGGCUCAAGGCUGGGUUGGUACCAAUUACGUGAGUAGAUACACGACUUACGACGCAGAAGACUGGUUCCCUUACCCGAUUUCCGGUGAAAAUGAGCUGUCAUACAGUGUGGAAGGUGGCAUUGAUACGAGUAGCUUGAUUGCACUGGGACUUGAGGACAGAAAUAUCGUGGCUGACUGCCAGAUCACAAGCUCCCUUGGUAACUCUGGUCCAGCAUCGGAUGCUAGACUUAACAAUAUUGGAGCAUGGGUACCUUUAAUUCGAGAUAGCUAUACAAGUCGUUAUCUAGUGGUUUAUUUCGGUAACCAGCACAAAUUUUCAAAGGUAGCUGUACAACAGGACGAAGGCAAUGCAGAUUUAGUUACAGAACUUGCAGUUGAAUACACUGAAGAUGCAGAUGUGGGUGGACUCUCAUGGUUCGGAGAGGAAGUUGUGUCUCUGGGCGCUUCACCGACAACUUUGAAAAAUGUAACACUAAGUGGGAGGAAAGCUCGAGGGGUAAGGAUCACUCUGACAAAUGACACGGCCUAUGGCGUGCUAGCAGAUGUAGGUGUUAAGUUUGAGUUUUAUGGGCAAAAGCUGACGUCAGAUAAAACACAAGCACAGGCAUGUAGCAUCUUGGAAAGUAGUCUUAUACAGACACCAGCAGGCUAUCCAGCAUUUGGUCCACGAAGUUUUAUUGUUGCUGCAUCAGGAAAAGUCUAUGUAUGUGACCGACAAAGUGACAGUAAAGUAUACAAGGGAGGUUGUACGUCUAGUGCUGACAACGGGGCCACCUGGUCAAAACUUGAUACAAAAGUUACAUGUAUGAUCGGAUACGAGGGCGCCAGCGAUCGCCUGUACGCGUACGCUCCAAACCAGAAAACGGUAAUGGUGAGCGAAGCCGGUUAUCCGUGGGAAAGUGUUCCUCUCGGCUAUUUAGAGGAAGACCAAUUAAAAACAACUUGGAUCAGUGCAAUUAUAGUGCCAGAAUUAGCUAGUCCCGAGUUGGACAGGGCAACUCCACACAGCAUGUAUAAAAUACAAAAUUGGGGACCAACAAUAGAUGGCAUGUUUGAGAGUAACGUUAUAAAAAUGAAAUGGGCAGACGCUUAGAGAAACACACAGUAUUUCAAUAGAAAGAAAACGAACUGCUAAAAGAGAAAACUUCGUUGUCAUUAUUUUUAUAGUUGAAUUUUGUAAAUCACGUAGUCUUCAUUGAAAUUAGAUGUUCAGUUUAAUCAUUGUUCAAAAUCUAAAAACAAUGCAUUAGAAUAUUUCAAGAAUUGUAUUGAAUGCAUAUAUUUUUAAUAUUUCAAUUCACAUAUGCACUUACAUACGGGCUUGUUUGGUCAAUCGAAAGUGUUAUAGUUUUAAAAGAAAAUAAUCUUAAAAUAGCUACAUUAUAAAAAAAUUAUGAAGAGCAGUUUGAGCAUGACGAUGGAAUCUAGAUUGCUGUCUGGAGUCUUGAUUUAUUGAUAUUGGUAUAACAGGAUUUUCACAUUAAGCAAACGUUUAAGAUCUGAAGAAACGCUGCGUCAUAAUACAGAACUGUUAGAUGGUCAUUCCUCUUUGAUUGAACAAAAGAAAUUGAUCAACAGAAAACGUGCUUGUAUUUGUGUUAUAUUAGUCGACUUUUGAUAUACAGUACACUAUAACUGUUGCGUAGGAUGCUGCUGCUCUUUCACAAAGCCACCUUGAAGAUUAUAGAGAUUUGGAAAUUAAGGGUCUAUCUCAAUUGUUUGGCAAACAAUCGGCGAUACCAGUAGUCUUUUGGGUUAAUAACGCCAAUAUAUUAUCCGUAAUUUCAAAAUGUGCAGAGACGGUAUCAUAAUUGCACUAUUUUAUAUGACACUUUUUUUUCUUAUAUAACUACAGAGUUGGUAUAUUAAUGGCCCUGAUAUGACUGGAUAACAUAUUAAAGAGAUGCAAAAAAACCCAAAAAAAAAAACCUUCUCGCAAUUAAAAAAAUAAUACAUUCAUGAAAGUAACCAUUUGUGUUAUCUCACUUGGAGUUUACCAAUAUCUAAUAUAAUUUACUACAUGUUUUUGCUAUUUCCUAUCAUUCUUAUGCACUUUAUCUUUUUCCUAUUUUCCGCGCGGGACUUAUAUAAACAGUUCACAACGCUUUGCAGUUUAAAAAAAAUGGAGAAAUAUUCGGAAGUACAUUUGCUUUAAUCAUUUGAAUUAGAAAUGAAAUCAUUUCAGCCCUUAUCUGUGCCGUUUUACAUAAUAGUGCUGUUAUAGUGCUGUAGACAAUGUUUUCCAUGACUUCAAACGAAUAUAUAUGUAUCUUUUAUGUGUAUAGUGAUUAGAAAACGAAUGUUCUUGUUUCCAGUAACUGCUACUGAACUACCUGCCAAAGACUAUAAGUCUCUAUGAUCUACCCGUACCUUUUAUUUUUCGAAACGCUUCUCCAAACUUUCUCUUUUUGCAGAGUUAUUAUUUUUUUCCAUGUUUAGACAAUUCAUUGCAAAUAAUGAUAGUUAUUCUUUACAAAAAAUAAACUGCUCAUUAAUUCAAUAUUUCUUUUUAAAAAUAACUUGUUCUUACUCUAUUAUUUUGAAGAAUAACAAAGGCCUACUGGGUCAGGUGGACAUUUUGAUAAUUUUAUCUUAUUUAAUAGCUUUAUAACAAACUAAAUUUUCAUUUAAAACUAACGAUUUUCUUUUUUAUUAAGUGAAAUAUCAACAUUCGGAUUACCCACUCUUGCAUAAUGGUGGAAGAGUGAAAGAUCGAUAAAUUUGAAAGUCUAUAAAUCAUCGUUAUUACUUUACCUGUGAUAUCUAUUGUUAUCUUCUUCUCAUUAUUGCUGAUCUGUAAUAAAUUAAACAAUUAGUGAAUAAACUUGUUCGUAGUUA